UUGGUCACACUGUCGUAGCACAUGUUUGUUUUGAUUCAAAUUGUGGAGCACGGACAGCAGUAAUUAGUUAAAUUCAAAUCACACAAUUAAAAUGGGUGGACAUCACAAAAAGAACUUGCGCGCCGAGAAAGCGAAAGUGAAACUGAAGGGCGCCAAGCUGCCCAAAGGCUUAAAUGUGACCAAAACCGAUUUCAAGGUGCGCAAAAUCGAGAUACGCGGCCAACUCAAAGAAUUCAGCAGCAGCGGCGAAAGGCAAUUGAAUCUGAAGGAGAUACUUUCGCGACUAAAGCAUCACAAUCUCAAGUUUCGCACCGAUGCAUUGCGCAAUGUACGCGAUGCCGUCAAACAGGGACAGGCGGAGCAUCUAAUCGGACAUCUGAAUGAACUCUUCCAAGGCAUUGCGGCCGGUGCACUGGACAUGGAGCGCGAAGUACGUCGCGAAUCCUGCAAGACGUUGGACGUGGUGCUCGAGGCGCUGCCCACGCAAGCGAUGGUGCCGUUCUUUCACAUCAUUGCCGCCUAUCUGCGGUGUGCGAUGACGCAUGUGCAGCCGGCGAUUCAAGAGGAUUCGCUGCUGCUGCUCGAUGUGCUGCUCCAGCGUGUGCCCGCACGCACACUGGCCGAGCGCAGUGCUGCCACGAUCAUUGGACACUUUAUUGACAUGAUAUCGCGUUCACGUCACGACACACAGCAGGCGAAUCGUGUGCUCACCGUGCGUUUAACCCAGGGACAACAGACGACGGUGAAGUGGCGCACCAAAGUGCUGCAGCGACUGCAGCAAAUCCUUGGCACGCUGCUGCUGGUAGAGCAACAGCCGGAGCUGGCCAAGCAGUCAUCAGCAGCACGUGUCGAGCACUACGAUGGAGAGCGUGCGCAGUAUUACAAUGUGUGGCUGCCGAUGAAAGUGGAUGGACGUGGAUUGCAUGCGCUGCUGGGCGAGCGACAACGUCAGACAUCGGAUGAGCAGCUGCGUGGGUAUGUGCAGCAGUUGAUGCCGCUGCUGCAGGACAACUGGCUGGAGGUGCGACCACAACAGCAGCAGACGAAGGAGAAGGAGCAGCAGCUCAAGGAGCAAUUGCUGCUCAGCGUGGAUGCGGCCGAGAGUCUCCAUGUGCUGCUGGACAUCAUGACGCAGCUGUGGCAGCUGGUGCAACAGCACGAAGCGGCCCAACAGCAGCAGCUAGAGCUGGAGCCGACGCAUGAGCUCAGCCAAUGGCUGCGUGACAGUUAUGCGCAGAGUUUCCUUCGGCACUUUCUCAAGGAGUGCAGCUUUCCCUAUCAACGUGUGCCACAAGUGAUGCCCCAAACUGCCACCGGCAAGCGUCGCAAGCUGUUGCAUGCCUCCGCUGGCGGCGAACUGUGCGUGCCACAGAAUCUGCGACUCGUCCAACUUGUGUGUCGUUUCUUUCCGUUGGCGCAACCGGAACAACACGAUGACUACGGAUCCCUCUUGCACUAUGUGCAGCAAUGUGUGCGGCAACUGCGAACGCUGUCGCCCGAAGAGCAGCUGCGUCUGGUGGCCGCAUUGCGUGCACUUCUGCUGGAUAACGGUGCGGCGCUGUUGCAGCUGCAGGCGCAUCAAAUGGGCGGCCUCAUGCAGCUGUGCAUCGAAGCAUAUGUGGAGCAGCAUUUCACCACGCGCGAAGGAUGCGCCACUCGCAUGCUUCAGCUGCUCGGCGAGAUCGUUCAACGCCGGCAGCUCUACGAAGGCUACGGCGGCGAACUUCAGUUCGAGCGGCUGCUCAACUAUCUGCCACAGUUGCUGCUCAAGCCGAGUGUCGCGGAUGCCACGUUGACAGCGAUGUCCACGCUGUGCCGCCAGCAAAAUGGCAUUCUCUUAGCCGCACUCGCCGAGCUGGCGCCUCAGGUGCUCUACAAUGUGGCCAAGCUGCAGGUGACGGGCGCCGUUGACAAGGAUUUUGAGCAGCAAAAGCGCAUUGUUAAUCUGUACUAUUAUGCGCGACAGCGCAGCGAACCUGGACGAUUGGAGGCGGUGUUGAAGGAGCUGGAGCAGCAGGAGAACGCGCAACAAGUCGCCAGCUACCUGAAGUGUGUCCUCAGCUAUGAUUAGAGGAGGAUUGCAAUCGAGAAUUACAUUUAAGUAAAUUGUAGACUACGCAACUUCCAAGGGGAAUGGAAAUUGUGGGAGGGGACAAACAAUAAAAUAAUUGAAAUGCCAGAAUACUUUGUAUUUU